GGGGGGCGCGGCCCGCCAGUAUUCAGGAAGGGGUAGUGGAGGUCAGAGCGCAGAUUUCAUGCGGCUCCGCUGCUAUGAGCUCCCCGACGCUGCCUGACUGUGUGCGGGAAUGGGAGGACCUGCAGCAGCACUACCACGAGAUCCAGGAGUCCCAUCGGUUAUACAGGCAGAAGUUGGAGGAAUUAACCAAGUUCCAAACACAGUGCUCUAAUUCCAUAUACCGGCAGAAAAAGAAAUUGAAGGACCUAACAGAAGAACUGAGAAAGUGUAAAACCUCAGAAAAGAAUGGCGACUGCCAAAUUAAAGAAAUACAUGCGAACAUCAAAGAACGAGAGAGGACAUUUUUUGAGAUGGAGUCCUUCCUUCCUAAGAAGAAUGGGUUGUACCUGAGUCUUGUAUUGGGGAAUGUUAACGUGACUCUCUUGAGCAAGCAGGCUAAGUUUGCCUACAAGGAUGAGUAUGAGAAGUUCAAGUUGUAUCUCACUAUGAUUCUCAUUGUCCUGUCCUUUAUAUGCCGCUUCCUUCUGAAUUCAAGAGUGGCAGAUGCUGUGUUUAACUUUCUGCUGGUUUGGUAUUACUGCACGCUAACUAUACGUGAAAGCAUCUUAAUCAACAAUGGAUCAAGAAUUAAAGGCUGGUGGGUCCUGAAUCAUUAUGUCUCCACUUUCCUCUCAGGAGUCAUGCUCACAUGGCCAGAUGGAUUGAUGUAUCAGAUGUUCCGAAACCAAUAUCUGUCCUUCUCCAUGUAUCAAAGUUUUGUCCAGUUCCUGCAGUAUUACUACCAGAGUGGUUGUCUUUACAGGCUGAGGGCUCUCGGAGAACGGCACAACAUGGAUUUGACAGUGGAGGGUUUCCAGUCCUGGAUGUGGCGGGGUUUGACCUUUCUUCUCCCGUUUCUUUUUUAUGGUCAGUUCUGGCAGCUGUACAAUGCAAUCACACUCUUCCAGCUUGCCAGGCAUCCCAAGUGCAAAGAAUGGCAGGUGAUCAUGUGUGGCCUUCCAUUUCUCAUUCACUUUUUGGGCAAUUUCUUUACCACCCUACGUGUUGUCCAUCAAAAAUUAAAGAAGCAAAACGAAGAUCAGAAGACAAAGUGAUGACACAAGUUGCAAUCUGUUUGGAAUGGAACCGUUAUGUACAAUCCAUAAACCUCUCUCCCACAAUUGCCAUUGGUCCAUAUUUAUUAAAAUAAUCUAGACUCCCCAGACGUUCAAUAUCUUCUACUCUGCUAAGUUGAGUAGUUAUGAAAUCGAAUGAGAUAUUACUCAUCCUUACUAGUGAGGGCCUCUUGCAGUUCUUUAUUGGCCAUAACCUACUGCUGAAUUACCAUGAACAUUUACAGAAAGUCAUGAUUGGUAAUCCUGGUGUAGUAGGGAUUUUGAA